ACCGCGUAAAGAUACUUCGCGUAUUGAAGUUAGGAUUAUUCGCUUGUGGAGAAACUAUAACAAAGAAUCAGGAAACACCAUUGAAUUGGUUUUUGUUGAUAAAGAAGGGACAAGAAUUCAUGCUUCAGUUGGUGAACAGCUCAUCAAAAAGUAUGAAGACAAGCUACAUGAGGGAGAUGCGAUUGUCGUCUAGUUGUUCAAAGUGUACGAUGCUAUUGGUGACUACCAUACAACCACACAUCCGUACAAAAUUGGCUUCUUUCCAACAACUUUUGUUGGAAAAGCUGAUGAGUUUCCAACUGAAGUUCCCGAAAAGUAUUUUGCGGACUACAAUGAUCUUCUUGGUGGAAAGUUUGAUAACAACUGUUUGGUUGAUGUUAUUGGCCAAAGUUAACUUUGGGUCUCUGGAAAACAAAAUGAUAAAAGGAAAAGAUAACAUGAGGCUCUUGAUUGAGUUACGUGAUCAGAAUAAUGUGAAGAUGAUGUGUACUCUGUGGGGUCGUUAUGCUAAACAAGUAUACGAUUACAGUAUGAGUAACAUGUCCACAAUGAUUAUUUGUGUUAUCAGAUUCUGUUCUGUUAAAGAGUGGAAAGAACUGGAUCAAAGAAAUACAAAAGACGUAAUUGAAUAGCAUGAUUCACUUCGAUCAUGCAACUUACGACAAGAACCAUGUUGAUCUCUUUCAUUACAACUAUCAAAAUUAAAUUCAAGAUACAGGCAGGCUACUGAGCUGGAUUAGAAGAGAAUUGAGCUGCAAAUCUGGGAUACUACCAGACAAGAGCGAUUCCGGACUAUCCCGGAUUUUCCUUCUCGAUUCAUCGUAAUGUUAUAUAUGCAUUCUUUCUCUUUCCUCACUAUGGUGGGAACCUGUAAUACUCACGUAUGGGGUUUCUUCUUAUUGCAGCAGUCCGUGGAGCAAUGGGAAUCUCGCUUGCGUGUGAUGUCACCGACGAAACAUCUUUCAACAAUAAGUAUUCUCUUUACUUUUUAACUUACAGUUUAAUUGGUUCAAUUUUAGGCUGCCUCAUGCAACUUUCUAAAGCUCGCAAGUUAAAGUUGAUCAAAUUUUCCAACUUUUUAGUGGAUAAGCUCUUACAUCGUAUGUCUUUUCUUCUAGCUUUGAAAAGCUAAUUCAAUUGUUUGGAUAGUUAUCACUAUCUUUUGUAUCAGUUAUUGGUUCUACUCAAUGGCUUUGAAUAUCAGAUACUACUAAUUAGUUUUUUUUUUAAAAAAACUAAGCAUAAAUUCUCUAUGGAUAAGCUUUUUACGGUGUACUUAGUUUUUUUAAGCUUUUGUAUCGUAUAUAUAAGUUGAUGGGUUUUGAUAACUUAUUAGUGUCUUUGCAUCAUUUUGUUAGAACCAAAGCCUUCAUGAUACUCAUAUUAGUGAGUUUGUUUGUUAUUGGAUACGCUUGUGAAGCUUAAGUAAGAAAUUCCUUCUUGCGUAUUACUAGAUGUUCAUAUUUUCAUAUAGUUUGCACACAUAUUUUGUAUUGGUUAUGUCAUUAUUUAAAUUUUGUGACCUGGUUAUAUGUGUGCGUCAUGCAGAACAAUGGUCACUUGUUAGGAAGGUGGUCAGAGAUUUGAUAACUGUAAAUUUGAAUUUGUCGUGAAUUAGAGAAGACAUCUGGUUAUUUGAUAACGAUGAGAUAAAAGUAUUUUGUUGAGCCAUCAAUAAAACACUACUCUUAACGUGUUGGGUGAAGCAGAGCUAUUGGAGGAAGCCGAAGCAAUGAUAAGGAACAUAACAGUGGAAGAAGCCACUAUUAUAUGGAGCUUUUUUUUUCUACUUGCAGGAAAAAGGGUAACGUUGAGAUGGCUAAAAGAGUAGUAAAGUGUUUGCUGAAGAUGUAUCCAGAUGAAACUUGUGCUUAUGUGCACAUAUCUAAUGCUUGCUAUUUAUGUGUUUUUGGAAUAGGCAGUUGAACAGAGGGUUUUCAUGAAGGAAACACAAGUGAAGAAGGAAAUACGUGCAGUUCGAUGGAGGUAGAUUACAAAGUUCACGAGUUUGUUAUUUUUUUUUGCCGGAAAAGACACAAUAGAUUCUCAGAACAUCAACAACAAAUUCAGUGUCAAGUAUUAUCUGAAUCUUUUCCUGGUGGACGAAGAGGAUCGUUGUUACAUCAAGCAGAAGGAAAUGACGUUGUACAGGCUCAAGGAGGAGAUAUUUUGAUGUUUUCAGAAAGAAAAGAACAAAUAAGAAUUUUUCAGAGCUUUGUAAAGCGUUUUUCUUAAGAUUUAUUUUUCAUGUAUGCAAUUGGUUGGAGACUAGGAGUCAUGAAAGUUAAACAGUGUAAGUUUGUUCAAUAAUUUAGAAUGAUAGAAUUUUGCUUAA